UAUUGUUCAAUCAAGAUCUUUUGUAAUUUCUGUUGUAAUUUACGAAUGAUCAGAAUUGCUUGUAUUUCAGGUAAUUGUUGAGAGCGAAUGCAUAGAACAGAACUUUGUGCUGGGCCUGGCCACUCUGGUGUCAGGUGACUUUGUGUUUGUGGCGCCGGAGACCAAACUGAGCAAGGUGGCUCCGUCGGCCUGGGUCGGCGAGACGCACCGCCAACGCCAACGCCAACCCUACUACAAGUUCAUCCUCUAUUUGCGAAUUCUUUUCUACUUGCCUAGUCUGAGAGGCAUCGGAUCGUGGUCUACUAAGCACAUGCUCUACCUCCAAAUUCGUAGAGGCAUUUUGGAAAAUCAAAUUAGGUGUUCAGCUCAUGAAAUAAUGACGUUUGCUAGCUUAGCACUUCAAGCUGAGUUCGGAGACUUCAACAAUGAGGAACAUGGCAAUGGAGACUACUUUCUUCUGGAGCAUUAUAUUCCUGAUCACUUUCUACCGCCCGGCCGGAAGGAACAGGAAUUUCUGCACGAUUUGUUGGAUCUGCACAGAUCUAGGAAAGGACUGGAUCCGGGACGGGCGGAGGAGUUGUUCGUAGCUCAAGCAAUGCAGCUGCCUGAAUAUGGAUUCCAUUUCUUGUCAGCCCUCACGAUAUCCUCAGAUAAAGAUGAAAGCAACUGUGAUGUAUGGCUCGGAAUCAGCGGCAAGGGUAUCACGGUUUGUCCGAAGGAAUCCUGUACCGACCCUCAAACGCCUCGUUCGAAGCUCACUUCACAUGCGACAUUCUUCGCAUGGAAUCAAAUCAAGAAACUCACCUAUACUAAGCAGAACUUGGAAAUAAUAUCCAAAGGUGCAUCCUCAAAAAUGAAACUGAAAAUGCAGUCUAAUAAGAGUUUUUCUGCUUUCCAUUUGGCAUCACUGCAUCAUAAGUUUUUUCUCAAGCUGAGAAAUGAAAUGAGCUCUCUUCACUCUUUAUCCCAGGAGUUUGGAAUUUCUGUCAAAUCGAAUGGAAGAUCUUGUCAAACGAUAGGUGUCCAUUAUUUGGGGUCGAAAUCGUCAACCGGCGAAUCGUUGAAAAGGUCAUCCAGCUUCUGUAGCCCGGACAGGGUGAUAUUCCGGGGGAAGACAGCCAGUCAUUGUGCAAUAGACAAUAAUAGGUCAAUUCAAAGAAGAAACGAUUUGAAAUUGAGCAGAAGAAAGGAACCUGAGAUAGAAAGAAUAGAUUCAGGGGAAGACACUUUCUGGCAACACAGUCCAUUUGCUGAACAGGAAAUCAGUAGCGCUCCGGCAUCGCCCACCACAGAAAGCAGUCAAAGUUGGCAGCGGAGGCUGAGGGCGCCCCUCAUGGGCACUAGGGCUUUCCUGGGCGCCUCCCAAGCAGAGCUGCGCCGAUCUCACUCUCCUCUGCCACAAGUCUAUGUUCUCAACUCCAGUAUAAAAUCAAUUGAUGACAAAUACCACGUGGACUUCCAAGAAACAAUCAGCGAAUCAUUGGCUGAAAAAUUUGAUGAAAUUCCUUUUGUAGAUGAACGAAUUCUGACAACUGUGCGGUGA